UGUUACAAUAGAUCCAUAUAACUUUGAAAGAGUGAAGAGUUUUAAAUAUCUCGGAGCAACAAUCACUGCAGAUAACGAUAUCGCGGAAGAGAUUAAAGAAAGAAUUUAGGCAGCAAACAGAUGUAUGUACAGCCUCCACCAUACCAUUAAAUCUAAAAGCCUAACACGAACAUCAAAGAUUAGAAUAUAUAAAACGGUUAUUAGACUGGUGCUCAUGUAUCGGUGUGAGACGUGGACCCUGACCAAAGAAACUCAAAGAAAACUUAGAUGUUUUGAGAGGAAAAUCCUCAGAAGAAUCUUUGGGCCUUAUCACGACAUAGUCCAAGAGAUUAAAUCCCAACGUCUAAGAUGGGCUGGCCAUGUCCAUAAACUCCCUAAUAACCGCCUUGCCAAGUUAAUAUGGAAGGAAGCUUCCACAGAAAGAAGGCCCUUAGGACGUCCACGAAUGCGAUGGAGAGACAAUAUAUGGUCAGAUCUAAGAACAAUGGGGCUACCCACUGAUCCAACUAUUAUGGACGACCGUUCAAGAUGGAAUCAAGUUGUGCAGUCAGCCAAGAUCCACUCCGGGUUGUAG